AUGACCUGCCCUCAGACCACACUACUUUUACCUGACCUAACUUACCCUAUAACCACUAAGGCAAUAGGUGGCCUAUUUCUCUCUCAGCGUAAGUAUGCUACUGAGAUCAUUGACCGUGCUGGGAUGUCUUCUUGCAAGCCUUCCUCCACUCCAGUCGAUACCAAACCUAAGCUGAGCUCCACCUCCACAGCUCCUUUUGCUGACCCAUCCCUCUAUCGGAGUCUCGCUGGGGCUCUCCAGUAUCUUACAUUCACCCGACCUGAUAUAUCUUAUGCGGUACAGCAGAUUUGCUUAUAUAUGCAUGAUCCUCGUGAAGCUCAUAUGCUGGCUCUUAAGCGCAUUGUGCGCUAUCUGCAGGGUACAUUAGACCAUGGUCUCUAUUUAUAUCCUUCCCCCACCUCCAAGCUCAUUGCAUACACUGAUGCUGAUUGGGGUGGCUGUCCGGACACCCGUCGUUCUACUUCGGGGUAUUGUGUUUUCUUGGGUGAUAACUUACUCUCAUGGUCUGCUAAACGCCAGCCUACAUUGUCUCGCUCUAGUGCAGAGGCUGAAUAUCGAGGGGUUGCUAAUGUUGUUUCUGAGUCGUGCUGGUUACGAAAUCUACUUCUGGAGCUUCACUGUCCUCUUUCCACUGCUACCUUAGUUUAUUGUGAUAAUGUGAGUGCGAUUUAUCUCACUGGGAAGCCUGUCCAACAUCAGCGCACGAAACACAUUGAAAUGGACAUUCAUUUUGUUCGCGAAAAGGUAGCCCGUGGGCACGUUCGAGUCUUACAUGUUCCAUCUCGCCAUCAGAUUGCCGAUAUCUUCACCAAGGGUCUUCCUUUGAUUUUGUUUGAAGAUUUUCGCGACAGUCUCAGUGUCCGUCCUCCUCCCGCUUCGACUGAGGGGGUGUGUUAG